AUGACAAAGACACUUCACGAACGAUUCCUUCAAGAAAAGACGGUAGCCAUCGUCGGCUGCCCCUUUUCGGGUGGACAGAGGCGCAAGGGUGUCGACACUGGCCCCGUCUCUCUGGUGCAGGCGGGCAUCUGCCAACAGCUCGAGUCGCUCGGCUGGAAGGUCGACUUUACCGACCACCACUCGUUUGACCACAUCAACCAAGGCAUCGACAGUGACACGGACAUUGGCAAUAUGAAACUGCCUCGCACCGUCUCGGCGGUGACCAAGGAGGUAGCCGAGGUGGUUGAGUCGCACGCCAAGCAGGGUAAGCUGCCGCUCACGCUGGGUGGAGACCACAGUUUGGCGCUCGGCACCGUCUCUGGAUCGUUGCGAGCGCACCCGGACGCGGCGCUUAUCUGGAUUGACGCGCACGCCGACAUCAACACCCCCGAAACCACCGAAUCUGGCAACCUGCACGGCUGCCCUGUCUCGUUCUUGCUUGGCUUGCAAGGAACCGACGUCGAACCUUUCAACUCGUGGGUGCCUAGCAAGCCACUCCUGCGUGCCGAUAGCUUGGUCUACAUUGGUCUGCGUGAUAUUGACGCAGGCGAGCGCAAGAUUCUCAAGCAGAACAACAUCAAGGCGUUCAGCAUGCAUCACGUCGACAAGUUUGGCAUCGGAAAGGUAGUCGAGAUGGCACUCGACCAUGUCAACGGAGCACCAGGCAAGCGAGACCGACCGAUCCACCUCUCGUUUGACGUUGACGCGCUCGAUCCUAGCGUCGCUCCUAGCACAGGCACACCGGUCCGAGGCGGUCUCACCUUCCGCGAGGGUCAUUACAUCUGCGAGGCGCUAUACGAAACUGGAUGCCUGGUCGCUCUGGACCUCAUGGAGGUCAACCCAUCCUUGCUCCAAGACCGCGAAGCACAGCAGACGAUCGCUGUCGGCUGCUCUCUCAUUCGCUCUGCCAUGGGCGAGACGCUUCUAUGA